CUUAAACUCCUCAGGAUCCACACCCUUUAUGUAUAAAAUGAAACAAAACUGUAAUAUUAAACUAAAUAUUAAAUUUGUAAGACAUAUAAGCAUUGUUCCACCACUACAGUUCUUUAAUCUAACUUUGAAUUCAGGGCUUUGUUACAGUCUGAUAGUGUGUAAAAGAUAUGAGGUAUAUCUAUUCUUGCUGCUUUCAACAACCAGGUUAUGAUAUUAUACAAAAGGAGGAUAUAAGAAUAUCACUUUAACUUUGUGUCACCCGGUAUGUCUGGUGCUCACAAGAUCAGUCUGAAGGUGCAGUUCGCAGACAAGUCAUCGCUUGCAGAGAGACUCUUAUUGAUUGCUGAUAUCAGUGGUUUUACAUAAACCACAACACUAAGAUGGAGAACAUGCACAUCUGUAGAUAAAUGCACUGACUGACUGUUCAGUACAGCCCUGCAGUAAAUAGUGCAAGUACAAGUCUAUAUAAUAAAUAACUGCAUCUUUUCAAAGCUUAUAAUGUUAAAUGUUCUAUUUUUAUUGUUUUUAAGACACAGAAAACAGAGCUCUUGAUGAGUAAGACAACACAAAAUAUGAAUUUGGUGCAGCCAAUAUAUGUGACACAGUACAAUUAUAUAUGUUUAACCCAAUGAGAAAAUUGAAGAAAUAAAGAAUACAUUGAAGAAGAAGUAAACAGAUAAACAGUGGUAAAGAUGAUAAUACCGAGAAGUGUUUUUUAAUAUUUGUUCCGGGUGAAGUCCAACAUAACACUACCGCUAUCAGAGUCAUAUUUUUUAUGUUACGUGUUUACUUUUUCAACUGCAAGUCAAACAAUUUUAGACGUGAACGUUAACUGUAAUUUAUACAAUCGUAUAAAUACUGACGGAGCUUUUUAUUGUUCACAGAAACAGAACAUAAUUCUCUACACAUAAAACAAGGAUACCAGAGUAUUUCUUUUCAAAUAAAUAUGAAUUAAUAAGUUAAUAUAAAUAUAUAUUUCAAAAACUUUUAUUCAAGAUGAACUGGAACUUGUAAAGAACUGAAAAGCAAAUGACUGCUGGGUAUUUUGGUCUAUUAGACAAGAGCAGAGGCCUGGAAAAUAGGUGUUAAAAAAAGUUCCUUUUCAUUUUUAAGCUUAAAGGCAGCAGGAUGAACACCUACAAUGGUCAGUGUGCAAGCUGCCAUGACAGUAAACCUUUACUAAAUACCAACUACUGUGCUUUUAUAAGGUCAGUUUGGAUCUCUUUUCAUUUCUGUAUUGAUUUCCUUAUGUAUUUUUGAUAUUGUGAUGCACUGUAGCACUAUGAUAUGUCUGUAUAAUAUGUGUGAAUCUUUAAACAGUUAUAUCUGCUGUCAUAUUAAUCAGAUGUGUGAGUUAGGUCUCAGCAGCUGUGAGCUGAUUAGCAGAUGAUCAGACUCAGGUGUGCAGUGUUGCUCUGAUGAGGCUGAUUGUCUGCAGAGACUUUAAAAUGCUCCACUGCUCAGACUGGGUUGUUGCCUGGUGGGUUGGAUAAGAGCCUUUUGCACUUUGGACCAGGUUGCUGUUUUCAGUUACAUUAAUGGAGCCCCUUUGUGUUAACCUCCUCGUUGGACUCUUGUUGUCAGGACUCUGCGUUAGAUCGUCUUUUGCUUUUCCACCUGAGCAUUACAGACAACAGUUUCAAAGGCCUCAGGUCAGCAAACACACUGCGCCUGAGCAGCCAAAGGGUCCAGCUGAAGAACGAGAGCUGUUGAAUACUGUCCGACUGACCUGCUAUCCAGACUCACUGGAGAUAGUUAUUGAAGCUGAUAUGUUUGGAGUUGGAGCUCCUGUUGAUAGUGCUGACUUGCGCCUUGGAGUGGAGCACAAUGAUUUCUGUAGAGCGACCGUGUCUUCAGAAGAUGAGUACAGAAUAAUUGUUGGACUAAUGGACUGUGGCACCAAACACUGGAUGACUGAAGACUCUCUGGUCUACACAAACCUCCUCCUAUACUCUCCUGAAGUCUCUCCAAGUGGGGUGAUUCGAAUGGAUGAGGCUGUCAUUCCCAUUGAAUGUCAUUAUGAAAGGAAGUAUAGCUUGUCCAGUUCUUCACUCAUGCCCACCUGGAUCCCCUUCAUGUCUACACAAGCUGCAGUGGAAACCUUGGACUUUAACUUGAGAAUUAUGACAAAUGAUUGGCUUUAUGAAAGGAGCUCUAACGUGUUUUACCUCGGUGAGCCAAUCCGCAUUGAAGCCUCCGUCAGGGUUGGACAUCACAUGGGGCUCAGAGUGUUUGUGAGCAGCUGUGUUGCCACACUCCACCCAGACAUAUACUCCAUUCCCAGAUACGUCUUUGUUGAAAAUGGGUGCUUGGUUGACUCUGAGCUUCCAGGUUCAAAGUCGUCCUUCUUACCCAGGACACAAGAUGAUAAGCUCCAGUUGGUCAUUGAUGCCUUCAGGUUUCAUAAUGAGGACAGAGGAGAGCUCUACAUCACCUGUUACCUGAAUGCAGUACCAGUAAACGAUGCAGAGGCUCCAGCUCAGGCGUGCACUCUUGUAAAUGGAAGAUGGAGAUCCGCUGAUGGUAAUGACUACUUAUGUGGGCAUUGUCAAAGCAAAAAUGAAGUCGGCCAAAGCAAGCCCAGCAGCCCUGCCAAGCUUGGUCCUCGUGGGUUUGGGAAGGAACCUGAAUCCUUCUGGAGGAGCGGACUGAAGACCAAUAAAGUGUGGGAACAGGAGGCAAAAGUGGGUCCAAUGCUCGUCCUACCUGCCAUGCAGAAAAGUGGGCCUAUACCUGUGGAUGAGCUUCCUCCUCUUCUCGGUAAAAUUAGCAGACCUGCUCUGUACGGCAGCCAGUGGAGAAGUGGAAUAAAUGACAGAGCUGACCUGGCAAAGGGAGUUAUAUCUACACCAGAGCAGGGGGCGGUUCAGACUACUGCUUCUGAACAGGAUGAGGACCUCAAAGGUGUAACAGAUCUAACCGACAAAGAUGCAGACAGUAAAGUUGAGGCACCUCUAGAAAAGGCAGCUCCUGUGGUUACGUUAAAAUCAAAGACUGAAAUGGCAGAAAAUAACAGCACAGCAGCCCUCGGUGACAUCAGCUCCACUGAUCAGGUCACGAUGGAUGUGACAUUACUGUCAAAUGUAACUGCUACAGACUCUGACCUCUCACAAUCAAAUGACCCAAAGAGAUAAUAAAUAAUUAAAACCGUU